AUGAAUAACUUUUAUGUUCAAAUUUUUUUUUUUCUUUUAAGCAUCUCCCUAUAUGUGAAUAAUAAAACCCUUGCAACUGAUCCUGCUCCAGGAAAAUCUACAACACUCGAAUCAAAAUAUAAUUAUCUUACUCCAAAAGAAAUAUAUGAAAAAAACGAGCACCUAUUAUGUACUGAUCCAGAAGAAACUAUAAAAGCAGAUGAAGUUAUGAACGAAGCUUUAAGACAAUUAGAAUAUCAUGCUGAAAAUGUAGAUGAUUAUGAAAUUUAUGAAAGAUAUGGUAAUAGUGCUUUUUUUUUAUUAAAAAAAGAAUGUAAUUCCGAUCUAGAUAUUAAAAAAAUGAAAUAUAUAGCCAGUAAAUCCUAUGAGUAUAAUGAACUAAUAGGCAUGUCAUGGGAUCCCGAUUAUGCCAAUUUUUUAAAUAAUGGCUUUUUGAAAAUUGUCCGUGUGUACAAUCCAAAUUUAGUAAUGGUACAACAACGUUACAAAGAUAAUUCUACGGACUGUCAGAAAUAUUUUUAUGCCUUAGCUGCAAAAUUUGAAAUAUCAAAAGAUAAAACUAUAAUUGUCAAGGCUUCAGCAGAUAUAAAUGAUCACGACCCUUCCAAUGAUAAAUAUCAAAACGAAAUCGUAAAAAGUGCAAAUUUAUUCAAAACUGAUAUUGAUUCUGAAGAUGAUAUUAGAAAUGGAAAAUUAGAAAAAACAUUUGUUAACCUAGCUGGAUACGUCAUUGAAAAUACAGGCGAUUGUGUUAAUAUCACCUAUGUCGAAUCUAUUAAUAAAUAUUGUACCAUUUAA